AUGUUGCUGAGAGAGAAAGAGAAGUACGAGCCUGUAGUGUCCCAUCUCCAACUUAUGAUCAAGUCUUAUAUUCAGGAGUUUGGUUCGAUGGAUGUGGAUAUAGCCAUUGUUUUGAAGAAGAAGCCGAUUGUUGUUCCUAAGGAGUCUCCGACAGACUUUAAAAAAUUAAAGACAGGAAAAAUAUACAAGGAAGGAUGGUUCAUAGUGUAUCAACUUAGAGAAAUAUCAGAUGUUGAUUUUCGAAAGUUUUACUUCUAUCUUGAAGAUAAACAUCUAUAUAACACUGCUUGUCUGGAAUUUAUAUUGGACCUGAUCACCAAAUUUAAGGGCAGCCACAAGGAUGACAUCAAGUGUUUUUUUGAUAUGAUUUUGUGGUACAUCCAACUUCGUAAGAUGAUGUUGAGCUUUGUUCCGAAAAUCUACGAAGUACAGAAGUGA